AUGUUCUCUCUUCUGCUCGUGUUGGUUGUAUUGACCCAACAAGUUGCUUCUACACAAGUUGAAGACUUUGUUGAGUGUGAGCCUGUAGAUACUGCAUGUGAGUGUGAUGCUGAUGCCACUGUCUGCAUCUUUCAGCUAUACAUUGAGCGUGUCUUUACCUUCACCAAGUACAACUAUAGCGUUCCCUAUAGUCAUGGACAAGGAGAAUCCUACCACAUUAAUAACAUGGGACAAUUUGUUCCUUUGCGUAAUACGGAAAGAUGCAUCGAAGGAACUUUUACGAAACAAACUGGAAGUGGAUCGUCAGACAAUUUAUACUGCAAUGAAGAAAACGUGUGUCUUCCUAAGAGUAAGCUCUGCAGUGAACCAAUAACUGUGGACGGAAAAACUUAUAAGACAGUUAUCACGGUUAACAAGCAGCUCCCUGGACCAACUCUGAUAGUUCAUGAGGGACAGGUAGUUGCAGUCGAUGUUCACAACAACCUCAGUACUGAAGGGAUAAGCAUUCACUGGCAUGGACAGCACCAGAUAAAGACAAACUUCAUGGAUGGAGUGGGUUUAGUUACACAGUGCCCCAUUCAACCUGGAAGCUCGUUUCGCUACAUAUUCAAAGCCGGCCCAAGUGGAACUUUCUGGUAUCACUCUGAAAUGCAGUCUCAACGUGGAAUUGGCCUUUUUGGUGCAUUCAUUGUAAAAGAGAAAGAUCCAAUCUCCUAUCCUGUUUCAUUCAUAGAUGAUCCAGCUCAUCAUACACUGACAAUCAUGGACUGGUUUCGAGAGGAUCCGGAACAGUUUGCAAUCGUGUGA